CGGUCUUUUCCUCCUCCCACCUCUUACGGCUGUCAAAAUCCGGACUCAGGACUUCCUAAAGGCCCGGAACGAAGCUUUGCGCAUGCUCAGCAUCAGCCCGGGUGCUUAAUACACACGUGCUUGUGGCCUAUCACGGCGCCUGCGCGGUCGCAGCCUGCAGUUCGCCCUUAGGACAGACGCCUGUCGCACCUUGACUCCCGCUGUCCGCUCGAGCCGGUCAGUGCUCAGUGUCUUGUGUACAUCCUUGCAAGCGACGGCGCCAUGAGUAUGACUUCCAGCGUACGAGAUUGAAAAACAAUUUAGAUCUUUUGAUUUGGGGGAAGAUGACCAUGACUUUUCUCAGUUAAAGUUGCCAGUGGCAUCCAUAGCUUUUUGCCAGAAAAGACUGAUUCAGGCUACAGCAAUGAAAUGAUAAAACAGCAACAUUUUUCUUAUUCUGGGAACUUUUACAUUUGUCUCUGAUGAGUCCACUCCAUGCUGGGAAUAGACAACUCUCCUCUGAGGCUGAGGCUAACCAGACUAUGCAGAACUCUCUCCUCUCCAAAAUUCUCUGGAACUGGGCUGAAUGGAUUGCAGCGGUUACCAUUGCUGCUGGGACAGCUGCAGUUGGUUAUCUAGCUUACAAAAGAUUUUAUGUCAAAGAUCAUCGCAACAAAUCUAUGGUAAACCCUCACAUCCAGAAAGACAACCCCAAGGUAGUACAUGCUUUUGACAUGGAGGAUUUGGGAGAUAAAGCUGUGUACUGCCGUUGUUGGAGGUCCAAGAAGUUCUUCCAACCUGUCACAGAUGAGCAGAAGUCAAUUUCUGUCAAGACCUGCUUCUUCAAGUGCUAUUUCAAAAGUUGUUUUCAUUUCCCUUCCAGAGAAGAGCAUUGUGAUCAUCACUUAAAGCAACCUCAUCCCUUUCUCAUUUAAUACUGUUUCUCAGGAUCCACCAGGAAGCUGCUUCUAGCACAGACACUGAAACAAUAUUGACUUUCCAUUGCUGGUUACUGCUUCUAUCCUGACCCUGAACGCCACCUAGUGUAGACUCUCUGGUAAUGAGAAUAUUAAAUCAUAAAUUACAUUUCUUAAUUUAACAGUGCCAUCCAGUGUAUGCACUGAAGUCCCUGACCCUAAGGAACCUUUAUUUAUACCCCAGAAGUCUGGUCACUGGCAAGUUUCGUUUUUAGUUCUGUGACUCUCUUGUGUUUUGGGCAUCUGGUUUGCCAAGACAUUGGUAAUGCUACAUGACUUGCUUUUUUUUUAGCUCUGAGAAAGAAAAUGUUUCAAAUUUUGAUCAUUACAAUAUGCCCAGUACCCCAAACAGUUACAAGUACAUAGCAGGUGCUCAAU